AUGGUCGGACCUUUGUCUGUAAGUAACGUUAGAGAAGAUUGCACAACUAAUCCAGAGUAUUGUAAAAACAAUUUAAGAGAUGUUUGGCAACUAGCGGAGGAGAAAGGAAGCACGAGAGGAAGUCAAGGGGAAACUAAACGGAAACAUGAUCUUAGAACAAAAAAGAGAAAUGAGGUGAACUUUCAAAAACAUGCGAGGCGGCAAUACUUGGACAAGAUCCACACAACAAAGGGCAAGGCCCCACACACAAGGGAACGAGGACCCAAACACAAAGACGAGACUCCACACACAAAGGGCAAGGCCCCCACACACAAGGACGAGACUCCAACACAACAAAGGACCGAGACUCCACACACAAAGGGCGAAGGGCCCCCAACACACAAGGACGAGACGCCACACACCAAAGACGAGGACUACCACCACAAAACAAGGGCGAAGGAAUCCAACACAAAGGACGAGACUCCACCACACAAAGGGCGAGGGCCCCCCACCACAAGGACGAGGACACACCACACACAAAGGGGCGAGGCCCCAAACACAAGGACGAGACAUCCACAACACAAAGGACGAGACUCCACACACAAGGACGAGACUCCACACACAAGGACGAGAUCCACACACAAAGGGACGGACUCCACCACAACCACAGAGGGCACGGCCCCACAACACCAAAGGGAAGACUCCACACACAAGGCUAGACCCUUCCACACCAAGUACGGACUCCACACACAAAAAAUGACGAGACUCCACCAACCAAAGGACGGAGGACUCCACACACAAAGGGCCCCGAGCCCCACCACAAAGGACCCCGAGAAACUCCACACACAAAGGGAACCCCGAGACUCCACCACAAGGGAAAGACUUCCACACCCAAAGGACGAACUCCACACAACAAGGAAGGACGGGAUACUCCACAACGGGCAAGGACCGGAGACUCCCACACCAACAAAGACUCUACCCAAAGAGACAGAGACUCCACCCACAAAGACUGACUACCAACACACACAGGUGAGAGCCCCCACACACAGGACGAACUCCACACACAAGGCGAGACUCCACACACAAGACGAGCCCACACACAAGGACGAGACGCCACACUCAAGGACGGACUCCACACACAAGGGCAAGGCCCCACACACAAGGACGAGACUCCACCCAAGGGCGAGACUCCACACACAAGGACAGACUCCAAACACAAAGGGGCAAGGAGCCCACCACAGGACGAGACUCCACACACAGGGCGGACCUCCACCCACAGGCGAGACUCCACACACAAGACGAGACAUCCCACCAAGGGCGAGACUCUACACAGAGGGCAAGCCCCACACACAAGGGCGAGACUCCACCACAAAGGGCAAUGCCCGCAAACACAUGACGAAGACUCCACACACAAGGACCGACCUCCACCACAAGGGCGAGACUCCACACUACAAGGCGAGACUCCACAACAAAGGACGAGACGCCACACCAAAGGGCGAAGGACCUCCAACCACAACAAGGACGAGACUCAACACACAAAGGGCAAGGCCCCAAACACAAGGACGAGACUCCACACACAAAAGGACAGGCCCCACAAACACAAGGGACGGAACUCCACACACAAAGGGCCCCAAGGCCCCACCACAAGGACGAGACUCCAACACACAAGGCGAGACUCCACACAAAAGGGCGAGACUCACACACAAAGGACGAGACUGCACACACAAGGACGAGGACUCCACACACAAAGGCAAGGCCCAACACAACAAGACGAGUGACUCCACACACCAAGGGCGAGACCCACACACAGGCGAGGACUCACACACAAGACGAGACUCCACACCACAAGGGCAAGACCCAACACAAGGACGAGGCCCCAACACAAGGACGAGACCCACACACAAGGGCGAGCUCCACACACAAGGAGAGACUCCACACACAAAGGGCAAGCCCCACACACAAGCGAGGGACUCCACACACAAGGGGAGACUCACACAACAAGGACGAGACUCCACACAAAAGCUGGUGGCAUCUUGGAGGUGUUCCUUGCCAUCCCCCUAUGAACAGUACUUUUUGCGGGCGUCUCUUCAGUCCAUGUAA